AUUUAGCUUGCGUGUAGCUGGAUCUACGCGCACCGCUGGAAAAGAGUAGCGCCGGUGUGAAUCAGCAGCCGCAAUAUCCGCAGCGUGCAUUUUAUUUUGCUGCCACUAUUCUUUCCACUAACCAUGGAUUAGUUCAAAUUUUCCUGGCAGAACAUAAGCUGUUGUUUUGCUGAUAGAGAGACCGUCCACAUUUGGAUGUAAGAAGAAUUUUCUUCACUUGAAUUCUUUCAAGGAUGGCUGGCGACUCGCAUCUGAUGCUCCCUGAAUGCCCUGCUCCACCGUUGCCGUCGCCUACCGAGGAUCCCGACAGCUCGUGGUGGAUGUAUGUACGGUUUUACCUGCCGACAUUCUUGUGCGGCGUCGCAGUUGGUUAUCUGGUUGGCAGAGCAAGACGAUUUACUAUUCACUGGCACGUCAAUUUUUUCCAGACCAAAGUUCUGAUGAUGUGCUGCAUGGCCACGUGCUUCGUUGGACUAGGAAUGGGAGUGGCCAUCGGCGCCUUUGCCCUGUCAAUGGGUAAAGGUUUCCUUCGAGCUAUGUUCAACAAGAGGUCCGGCACCAGCCAGAGUGAUGGCAGUGGUAGUGCAACAGAGGCAUCAAUGAGCUCGCGAAACGGAAUUUUACCGCUGACUCAGGAAACGACAGAACAGCCGGCGUCUGAAAAGAGUCGUUGUCCAAUUUGUCAUGAGAAGCUGGACCUGCACGAUGUGGAACACGCCCGUAGCGUGGAGAUCGUUAAGGAGAACGGGCGUCUGGGCUUUGGGUUCACCGUCAUUUCUGUACAAGAUUCCGAUGAGGCCCGGUUUGUGGUAACCUCCAUACAGCGCCAGCAGCUCCCUCUACAUAAAAACGACAUUAUUCUCGAAGUUAACAACAAGCUUGUCGCAGGAUUAAGCAGAGAAGACGUGGUGGCGGAAUUCAAUGCAGCUGAUUUGGUAUUAAUGACAGUGAUGUAUUCUCACAAAUUGGCGGAGACCCGGGAUUUGUCAGACGACUGGACCCUGACAGAUUCGCAUUCGAGCGAUCAAGAUUCGGAAUGCUCUCUGGACUAGCCAGUGGUAAAAUAUUUCGUGCAUGCACUACUUGGCGUAAUUUCACUUGAGUUCAAGAUAAAUACUACAGUUUUGUAUUUGAUAAAAUUAAUGGAAUAUUUCGUGAACUUCUUGUUCUCUUAAACAAUGUGUUUAUUUAAAUUGUGGAAAGUCAGCUUCAUUGCAGAAUACAGCUUUAAACGCAGUUGAUGCUACCGGAGAAUAUUUGCCUCU